UCUCGCUCACAAGCCAUUCCAGCCUGUGAUUCUUAACAGCAAACAUGAAUCUUCAGGUCUUCAUCCUCAUCGUCACUUGUAUAGUGACCCAGUGUAAAGGUUGUUCCUAUGGGCAGCGCAGCCAGGCGCACAUCGUUAUCCUCACUGACAUUGUUCGCUAUUCUCAGGGAUAUGAAGAGCUUACCAACAUCAGGUUUCUGGCAGAGCACUUCACGAGCCCGGCCAAUAGCAUUGACAUUAUCAUCCAUAACAUUUUUAAGGACAAGCUAGAACAGUACAUAACGGAGAAUAAUGUCUUUGGCAAUCUCACUUACGUCAUUGAAAAACGUUACCUGCUCGAGGAUGUUACUAAAAUACUGUGGAAAAAGUUUCGCAAAAGUGAGCGAUUCAGCAGCCGUAUGGCUCGUGUGCUGAUAUGGGUGUCGGAUGGAGUCAUACAGAGCUUCGGACAAGAACAGGCUGUGCCACUGAAGGCAGCAGGUGUGGAGAUCUUUGCUUUAGGCUACAAGAAGCCACUGAGUCCUGACAUGUACAACAUAAUGAGCUACCCUCUGGAGACCCACAAAUACGAAUGGCUGCGGUAUGAGAAUGUUAGACUGCUGAUCUCUGACCUGGCGAUGUCUGUCUGUCUGAGCAUCGAGAGGAACCUGCAAGAGGCAAAAAAGUCAUUGCUGUCAGAUGUGCGUUUGGUGGGCGGCAGCAGCCGGUGUGAUGGGCAAGUACAGGUGUUGUACAAUCACACCUGGGGAUGGCUUUAUGAUCACCAGUGGGGCAGGCACAGUGCUGAUGUGGUCUGCAGACAGCUGAACUGUGGCCCCUCGGUUGAACUCCUGAGAGGGGGAACAUUUGGCACUGGAACUGGGCACAUCCUUGAGAAAGCUGCAUGCAGUGGGCAUGAGAAUGAUAUUUCCCAAUGCAUCCUGGGAGCUUGGCGUGAAGAGGACCUCGCACAUAAGAACCAAAGCUCGGGAGUCACCUGCUUCCCAAACAGAUUUGAGUCUGUUAAUUUGGUGAACGGAUCUGGCGGCUGUGACGGGAUUAUAGAAAUGAGCGGUAACGGAACACGUGGCAGAGUCUGUGCCUGGAACUUCGACUUACCUGAAGCUGCAGCCAUUUGCAGACUGCUUGGAUGUGGGCCACUAGUGAGAGUCCAGGAGUAUAUGAUGAAGCCUGAGUCUGACGUUGUGACGGUGGAGAAGGUUUCCUGCUCCGGGAGAGAGACUGGCAUAUCACAGUGUAUUAUGAGCCUGUGGAGCACUGAGGCAUGUUUCCUUAAUGUUCAUGCUGGAAUCGUCUGCUCAGAGUCAGCUACCUCCAAGGUGCGCCUGAUUGGUGGUGAGAGCACGUGCACCGGCAAGGUACAAGCCUAUCACAAUGGCUCGUGGGAAGCUGUUUGCUCUGAUGACUGGGACCCUGCCGAAGAUGUUGUGAUCUGUAGACAGAUGGGUUGUGGUCCAGUCAUACAAAACAAUGAACUAAAAAGAACGUUUGAACAAGGCGCGGGGCUACGUGUGUUCUGCAAUGGAACGGAAAAUAAAAUGUCCGAAUGUGCAUCUGUCUACUCCAGAGCGUAUAAAUGUGACAUCAUGAAGCAAGACACAGUGUGCUCACAAUCAGUGAUUGACAAGGUGAGGCUGGUAAAUGGCAGCAGUGAAUGUGCUGGGCAGCUGGAGGUUCUAUACAAGGGAAAGUGGGGCUCAGUCUGUGAUGUGCAAUGGGACAUGUCUGACGCUCACGUGGUCUGUAGACAGCUGGGCUGCGGAGCGGCUGUAUCUGCACACAAGGGAACUCACUUUGGCUCAGGAUCUGGACCCAUUUGGCUGGAGAAAGUUUACUGUAAUGGUUCCGAGUCCAAAUUAUCCCAGUGUGGAGCUGUGACUGCAAGAAAAGUACAAUGUACCCAUGCACAGGACGCUGGGGUCACUUGCGUAGGAGAGCAGUUCGCCGGCGUGAUUUGAGGAGUCACGAUAUCACAUACUCUGGGAAGUGCUGACGUCUGUGCAAUUGAAGAAUAUUACUUCCAGUUUAUUUAAUCACUUUUAUUUAGUGACGUUGUGCUGUGAUAAGGUUACAUCAGCGUUUUGAUCACUGUCACAGACCACGUUUCUUCUCAUAUGAUAAAUGUAUAUAAAAAUCCAAUAGCACACGUGAUGUAAUAUUAUAUCAUAUUACACGUGAUGUAACAAGAUAACAUAUAUCAUAUAUCAAGUGAUGUAACAAGCUAUGGUAUUACGUGUGAUGUAACAAGAUAUGGUAUUGCACGUGAUGUAACAAGAUAUGGUAUUGCACGUGAUGUAACAAGAUAUGGUAUUGCACGUGAUGUAACAAGAUAUGGUAUUGCACGUGAUGUAACAAGAUAUCGUAUUGCACGUGAUGUAACAAGAUAUGGUAUUGCACGUGAUGUAACUAAUGUUGUAUGUAAUAAUCGCAAUACAGUGUGAGUUUGUAACAGGUGAUUAAUGACCGAAAAUAGUUUUUGUGAAAGAAAAAAAAAAUAUCCAAAAAAUAAACCAAAUAAAUCUGCAA